UUUUUCUGCUCUUCCUACAUUUUCCCCAGUUCUUCGAGUACGAAUUUCUCUGUUGAUAAUUCUCACUUCACGCAUAUCCCAAUCGAUCUCCAAUCUGAGAUUCAUCAUGGACUCAAUUUACAACGAUCUGAACGCUCCGCACUCGAUGGGAACCACCAUCAUCGGCGUCACUUACGACGGCGGCGUUGUUCUGGGCGCCGACUCUCGCACCAGCACCGGAAUGUAUGUGGCGAAUAGGGCAUCUGAUAAGAUCACUCAGCUGACCGAUAAUGUCUACAUUUGCCGCUCUGGUUCGGCUGCAGAUUCUCAGGUUCUUUCAGACUAUGUUCGCUACUACCUCCAUCAACACACGAUACAGCUUGGGCAGCCUGCAACUGUAAAAGUUGCAGCAAACCUUGUCAGAAUGGUAUCUUACAAUAACAAGAACAUGUUGCAAACUGGAUUGAUAGUUGGUGGGUGGGACAAGUACGAAGGUGGUAAAAUUUAUGGAAUACCCCUCGGAGGAACUCUUUUGGAGCAGCCUUUCACUAUUGGAGGAUCUGGCUCUUCGUAUCUGUAUGGUUUCUUUGACCAAGUAUGGAAGGAAGGAAUGACACAGGAUGAAGCUGAGAAACUAGUCGUGAAAGCAGUCUCUCUUGCAAUUGCUCGGGAUGGUGCUAGCGGUGGUGUUGUCCGCACAGUGACUAUUAACAAAGAUGGGGUUUCCCGGAAGUUCUUCCCAGGCAACACACUUCCGUUAUGGCAUGAAGAGCUGGAAGCCAAGGACUCCCUGUUGGAUGGUUUUUCUGCCGCCAGUCCUGAACCAAUGGUCAGCUAAAUCGAGGGUCGUCCGAGCUACUAUCUGCUCUACUAAGCCAACCAUUGGUCACUCGACUUCCUCUAUCUAUUAUCCAUCCAUGUACUCAUCCUAGAGAUUUAUCAGUUUACUUGUUUUCAGAGUUCUAACUUUCCUUCCAAAUUGAAAACAAUAACUUCGAUUUGCCAUUCCAUCCUUUCUUUGUCACCUCACUCAUUUCGUAAUUUAUAGAAACUGUUCUUGUUACUUGCA